CAGAGGAAGUAACAGUCAUUUCUAAGUUUGGCCUGUGAAAGUGUAUGGCAGUUUAACGUUAGGUGGCGACAUGGUACUUCUUUCCUGCACGCUUUCUAACAUAAACUGCGACGUUUUUACUUAUCAGAAUGAUCAGGAACUGGCCCGCCAGCUGGUGGAGCUGGGCCACAAGGGUAGCAGUUUGGAAAGGGAGGAAUUUGAGACAAGGAAAGCAGCUGCCGAGGCCUCCAGGCUUGCUUCAGGGAGCCAACAGAAGAAGCUGGCAAGUACAGGAAAGGAACUCAAAGAUAACUUCCUGAGAGCCCUGGCGGAGCGGGAGGAGGCUAACCGCAGUGGGGAAAUGACUUCCAUCAUUUUCAUAAGGGACCGAAAUUCUCACGGACAGGAAAUAUCUGGGUAUAUAGACUACUCCCACCGACUAAAAUCUGAAGACUUUGAACCAUAUUUCAGUGGAAAGAAAAGGCUUAUGCCAAAAACAACUGACUUAAGCUUUUACAACUGGGGAACGCAGGUGGCCAAACAUAAUGGCAGCUCAAACUAUGAGGUAAUCACAGAGAAUCCGAGCGGCCUGCUCUUCAAGUGCAAGAACGACAGGAAAAUCUUGAAUGUUGACCCGGAGGCAACACCUGGUGAUAGCUCCACCCGAACUCCUGUCCAGUCUGACCUAUAUGUGCAUGUUGUCAUUUAUGACCACGUCACCAGAAAACCUGCAACCAGUUCCUGUGCACCGCUCUCCAAUUAAAUGUAUUAAAAAGCACUCUGAGU